CUUCUAUUCAGUCCAUUUGAACAACUGCACUACUUGUUGAAUGGAGGUAUUUACAGGUCUUGCGGUACUUGUUAGUUUGAGGGCGUAAACAGAUCAACUUCAUUUUGAAUGAUCGAAUAAGUAUUUCAAAUCAGUUUAAAAAAUACCGAUGUAUGUGUAUGUUGACUGUAAUGAUAGUUUAUUAUAAUCGAACAGUAAACUCAUAAAAGGAAUCAAAAUAUUAGAUAGCAGGAAAAAAGAUUUGAUAUUAUACAAACAAUGUCUUGUCGACCUCAACUUAUUGGCAGAUCACCUUUGGGACAAUUGAAGUCCGAAGGAUUAUUAACAUCGGAAUGUAAAUAUCAUUCAUGUCAAGGAAAGCUAACCAUUCCAAAUAUUUGUCAAGAUUUGAAAUUUUCAACUGAAGAUCUUAUGGAUGAAGGAGAAAUUGGUCGAGGGGCAUAUGGAUUUGUUAAUCGUAUGGUUCAUAGACCUACGAAAACAGUUAUGGCAGUUAAGAGAAUACGUUCAACAUUAAAUGAACGUGAACAAAGAAAUACAUUAAAAGAUUUAGAUGUUGUUAUGAAUUCAGCAAAUUGUCCAAAUAUUGUUUUAUUCUAUGGUGCAAUAUUUACAGAAGGUGAUUGUUGGAUAUGUAUGGAAAUGAUGUCAACAUCAUUAGAUAAAUUUUAUAAAUUUGUUUAUAAUUAUUUACAAUCAAGAAUUCCUGAAAGUAUUAUUGGAAAAAUUACUACAGCUACCGUUUCAGCACUUGAUUACUUGAAAACUGCUCUUAAAGUCAUUCACAGAGAUGUAAAGCCAUCAAAUAUUCUAAUCGAUUGUAACGGUAAUGUGAAAUUAUGUGACUUUGGUAUAUCUGGUCAGUUGGUUGAUAGUAUUGCUCGAUCACGUGAUGCCGGUUGUAAACCGUAUAUGGCGCCAGAACGUAUUCAUCCAGAGUUAAGCGCUAAUGGUUAUGAUAUACGUUCAGAUGUAUGGAGUUUAGGCAUUACUUUAAUUGAAUUAUCCACUGGACAAUUUCCUUAUCCGCCAUGGAAUUCUGUAUUUGAACAACUUACUUGUGUAUUACAUAAUGAUUCACCUAGUUUACCAGAAUAUUUACCAAAAUCUAUUCAAACUUCAUUAUCAACUACAACACUUGUUAAUAUUGAAUAUUCUAAUCAUUCUAUAAGUAAUGAUGGUAAUCAUUCAAAUGAAUUUUAUUCAUCAUCAUCGUCAUCAUCAUCAUCAUCAACAACAACUGCAACAACAACAACAACAACAACAGAUUUUUCAUCGGAAUUUCGUAAUUUUGUUUCACAAUGUUUAGAGAAAGAUGUGAGAUGUCGACCAAAAUAUCAAGCACUUAUGCAUCAUCCAUUCUAUUUACGUUCGUUAAAUGAAUUUAUUGAUGUUGGAAAAUAUUUUCAAUCAAUAUUAAAUAAAGUUCCUUCUCAUAUAAAUAUGAAUGAAUUAAGUCAAACUCAUAGUUGAUAAUAAUAAUAAUAAUAAUAAUAAUAAUGUCCUAUUUAUUUAUGAUUAUCUCUUUGUUGUUGUUUUGUUUUUCUUGGAAAACAACAAUAUGGAUCAUUCCAGUAAUGUUUUAUUGAUUUAAACAAUGUAAGAAAUUUGACCGCGUCAAAUAAAAUCCCAUUGUUUGUUUUAAAUUUCCCACUGUGCAAAUAGUUCAUUAUUAUUACGACUACUACCACUACUACUACUACUACUACUACUACUACUACUACUACUACUACUACUACUACUACUACUACUACUACUACUACUAUUACUACGACUAUUACUAUUACUAUUACUAAUACUACUAUUACCACUACUACUACUACUACUACCACUACUACUACUACUACUACUUCUACUACUACUACUACUACUACUACUACUACUACUUUAGAUAAACACUAAAAUUAAAACCAUAACAACAACAACAACACCAUCGUUCUUCAUAUGUGUAUACAUAACUUUGUUUCAUUUCCAUUUUGCAUUAUUACAAGUUAUCUCACUCUCACUCUCUCUCCGUGUGUUUGUGUGUGUGUGUAUUACGUGUGUAUGGAAUGGAUUAGAGUGUUUAUAUAUAAACUUGAUAUUAGAGUAAAUCACUGUUUAUUUCUGAUUACUUCCUCCUUCAUUGUGUUUUCUUUUUUUUUCUCGAAAAAAACCGGUUUCAUUUGUUUUCAUUGUUCAAUUCAUGAAUCAAAAAAAUUCCGUAUAUAUAUAUAUAUAUUAUAUAUAUAUUUCUCUUAUUGUAUAAAUUUAGAUAUUUAUUCAGAUAUUACUUAUGAAUUUGUGCAAUUAUUAUAAGUAGUAUAAUAAUAAUAAUGAUGAUAGUACUAUCAUAACUUAUUAUUUUUUAUCAUGAUUUGGCUUUCUGUGUAUACGUGUAUUUGAGUAAUUUGACAAUUUUGUUUUUGUGUUUUGUUUGGCUGUGACAAUUGAGUUUUUGUUAAUCUAUUACUCUUAGAGAGAUAUAGGCGCCAUCAUUAUAUUUCAAAUUUUUAUGUUUUCCCAUUACUGUUAUUAUUAUUAUUAUUAUUAAUGUCAUAAUCAUGACCUUCAAUUAUCGUGUUACAAGUUAUAUAAAUCCUAAGUACUGUAUUUGCUGAAUGUUUUGUUCAUGUUAUUCAAUGUGAAUAUAUGUAAGAUCUAGUUGUC